AUGACCUACAUACAGUGCAACUUCUGCAACUCCAUGGUGGACGCGGAUCUGUAUCUGUUGCAAAUAUGCGCCACGAAAUUAUUGCCGGAUGUCUUUCUGAAAACCGUCAUCGAAAAAUUUCACGUGAGGGAAUGGAUGAGUUUAUGCCUGUAUCAUGCCCCACAAAAUGAGUAUCUCGAAGGCGAGCAUGAUACCCCGAUGUUGGAAAGCUGCCUAACAUUCUUGGCUACGUUGGUCAACGUCAGAACAAAUCUCGGUUUAUCGGAUCCUGAAAUGUCUCGUCUCGAAAUGGUGACUUUAUUGUGCAUGGGCGAUAAGACGCAUAGUCAGUUGAUGGAACUAAUGCCGGAACGCUGUGGAACUACUCAGAACAGGGACUUUGAAUCUGUUCUAGCCGAUGUAGCGCAAUAUAGAGCUCCGAAUCUCGAAGCAAGUGGCAAUAUGCAACAAGGUAUGUACGGACCAAAGGCUCGCGUGUGGGACGAGUUGUUCGAUCCUCUACAUGUGCUAUUGAGAGCGGUCCAUAGAAGAGACUUUCAAGUAUCCAUGGAUCGUUUCACAGAAUAUGUGAAGCAAUCGGGCAAGCUGAAGAACGGUGCAACUCCCUGGCCACCAUUUAGGCAACCGGCUCCGGUUUCGUCGGACUACGAUGAUCCUCGUAUAGUUUUACGUUCCAGAGUUUUUCACGCAAUGAUCCUGAUAAUACUCUAUAAGGCUGUGAAUGGUCAUAACAUAUCUGAACAUGUUAUGGCAUUGGCUAUUUAUCUUUUGGAGAUGGCAGUUAUUACUGCGGAACCGCCAGAUAAAUCUGUGAGUCCUUUGUGUCAAUACACCGGUGGCACCUCUCGUGUGAUAAAGGACAUGGAUUUGGCUGGUUGGUACGAAAGUGAUAGCUUGUCCGAAAAUCUGAGGACAGUGAUACCUCGAGUGAUUCUAGUCCAAGAGUCAGAGCCUAGCAGCUCAGAUAGUGAAUUUGAGUGGGAGAUUCAAGGAGAGAUGAGCGAAGUGGCGACAUCCCUGAUGUUGAAUGACGGCGCGGAUGAUGGCGCGGAGGAAGUAUCUUUGGAACUGUUGGGAUUUUCUGUAGGCCCCGUUAGAGAUGACAACGGUGUGUCGAGCGCAAGUGCAUCAUCCUUGCCGGCUUUACUACCGUCGGUCGAGAGUGCUACAUCUCUGCCAGCACUACCUUCAACAAGUGUGGAGUAUGAUGUGGCAAUAGUACCUGAAGACGGAAUCGUCGCCAUAGCUCGUAGUAACAGUGAGGAUGACUUAACGAUACCUUUGCAAAGAGCUUUGCCGCCAUCCGGGGAAGAAUCCAUGGCUCUAGCAAUCGAAUCGCCUCCUUCACCAAAUAAUGUAGUCGGCGGCCAGCCAGCAUUACCACCCGCUCCUCAACGUCCAGCAGUAAUGGCCGGAAACGAAAUAGUCACAGCACAACCGGUUAAUUAUAGGGCUACAGAAAUCGUUCCAUCCACGUCGAAUCCUCACAAACAUUUUAAAAGGAGAGAGCCACAAGGUGGACCAAUGCAACCGCAAUCCGUAAAAGUGGGAGAGAGCAUAAUCUCCUUGCUGUUAAAGCUACAUUCUCAAUUAUCGGGCGUGCCAGACAGCUACAAUCCCGAACAAAAUGCAAUGUCGGACAAUGAAGCCAGUAGCAGCAGCAGCACUAGUGAUAGCAGUAGUAGCUCUUCCACAUCAUCGUCGCCUAGUGAAUCGCGAAUCGGUGAUGGACCGUUCUUCAUAUCGCAGCUACUUAGGAAAAUAGCGGAUUUAGACCCUAUGUGUAAACAGACGAUUAUCGAGACUAGGAACAAAUUGUGGCCCCGUAUGCAGGAGUGCGAGGAGGAUGAACAGCGCGAAAGGGAGACUCGUGAGCGGGAGGAACGACGAAGAAGGGCGAAGGAGAGGCAGCAGCAGGUGAUGGCGGACUUCGCUAACAAGCAGAAGCAAUUUAUGGAGAAAACGAUGAAGACCGAAGAAGCAGGUGUAUCCGGAAUGGACUGGGAUCAGGAGGAGAACGAGACUAAACUGACUAGUAAAAAGGAAUAUGACUGUGUGAUAUGUAAUCAAACUACUCCCAGCAGUGAGGACAAACCGAUGGGACUCGUUGUAUUAGUUCAAGCAACUAGCAUUAUUGGCCACGAACGACAACAAUCGGAUAGACUAGUUCUUCCCACGUCCGACGAAGAUCCGCCUAUACCGAGGAAAGAUACCCGAGGCGCCCAUUUCGACCGCAGAACGGACGAUAUGAAUGGUUUAUUCGAUACCUUGUCUUGGCUGCUCUCAGUUAAUCUAGGAUGGGAGGGUGGUGUCCAUGUGCAAACGUGUGGUCAUCAUCUGCACCUGGACUGUUUGAAAUCCUACCUAGAGUCCCUUCGCAGUCAGCAGCGGCAGCAAAGUCUAGCGGUGGAACGGGGCGAGUAUCUGUGUCCGUUAUGCCGACAAUUAGCCAACUCUGUUUUGCCGCUGUCGCCGCAAUUGGGCGAAUGCUCGGCGAUUGUGCGAUCUCGUCAUGCUUCCACGGAGACCAUACUCACGGAUCUGAACACUUUUCUCAAAGAGAUACAACGAAAUCCUGUCUCUUCGAAUUUGGCUGUGGCGAUGGGAAAGGCCAUGGAAGAUAUGACGAGUAGCACGUAUCUAAAGUAUAAACAAAAGAAAUGUAAACCUAGUCACCAAAGCUUGUUCCUUUUUGUAACCUCGGUAGCUCGAACUAACUUUGAGAUUGAACUUGUACAACGCGGUGGAUCGUUGUGCGUUCCACCACCUACCACAAUACCUCUGACGCCUAAACGCGAUUGUAUAGUCGCGCUUCUUCACGUUUUGGCGAUGCACGCUCGCGUACUGACCACAUGGCCAGUGCAUCAUGUAUGGCAACAGCUAUCUGGCAUAUCAAUGAUGGGAGAAUCGGCCUCGCUCGCCUUGACGCCGCACGAAAGACAGGUUCCUUUACUUCUGCGAGACCCGACCGCUAUGCUCAUUCAAUUCAUACUGCUGUUGCCGUUGCAUUUGGACCAAACAUACUUUUCCGGCGUGGUAAAGGUCCUUUACAACUUGCUGUACUAUCAAGUAAUACUACAGGUAAGCUGUAACUUCUCGCGAGCAGAGCGAAAUACGAUCCUAAAGAGGAGAUGCAGCUGCGCCACUACGCCUUCGGAGACCAUACUGGCCGAGAUUAUUGAGUAUUUCAACGAAAGCGGACUCUAUCCCAGCACGGACGACGACAAACCGUCCACUUCAGCCUCUCCCACUUAUACUAGAGUGAAAUCACACUGCGUCGAGCAACAAAUCCAGUCAUUGUGCCUGCCGUUUUUGCGAGUGGCCGCAUUGCUGCGUUAUCAUUUGUACGACCAGCCGCUGCCGGUGAUCAGAGCGUCGCAGAGCGAGUUUGUGAGACUGGUAUAUUAUCUGGAGCUAGUCACGGAAGGCAUGAGCUGGGACAGCUUCGACUCAACGGUAGCGCUAAAUUGGCAGGAACCAGAAGCGAGUGUCUCGGUGCCUCUCUUCUGGUGCGAUCAGUUGAUCGCAUUUCUCGCCAAUUGGCGAGGCCACCAGCCGGCCCGGAACCUGAUAAUAGAGCAACACAUAUCGUGGCACGUGCCGAAGCUGCUUAGUCUUCCAAGAGAAUACGAAAAGAUCUUCACGUAUUACCACGAGCGACAGUGCAGCCAGUGUCAUUCUGUACCGCAGGAGAUCAGCAUCUGUUUGUUGUGCGGCACUAUUGUCUGCCUCAAACAAAAUUGUUGUAAACAGAUGAACGUGUGUGAAGCUAUUCAGCAUUCAAUUGAUUGCGGAGGUGGAACUUGCAUCUAUCUCGUAGUGACCUCGACUUAUAUUAUCGUGAUACGCGGUCGGCGAGCAUGUUUGUGGGGAUCUCUGUACCUCGACGACUUUGAGGAAGAAGAUAGAGAUCUAAAACGUGGCAAGCCUCUGUACCUCAGCCAGGACAGGUAUCAGCUUCUGGAGCAGCAAUGGCUGGCACACAGAUUCGACCAUACGAAGAAAACAUGGGUAUGGCAUCGCGACGCUCUGUGACCCAUCACGAUGCUGUCGCAUGUCACUCGUCACUCCUAAUCUCAGAAACGAAGAAGACUCUCUCCCUCCCUUCCUCUCUCUAUCUCACUCACGCGACUUCCACAAUUUAUUCUCACACAAAAAUGCCUCGCCCUUUCGCCGUAAUGUCCAUGCGCUUUAGAGACUAAAGGGAGAUAGAUCGUCCUUAGCGGAUAUUAUAUAUUUAUUAUGCAAUCGCCAGUAAGUAGUAGACAUAAAUGAUGAAUGAAAGUAUUAAGAAAGAAGAACACUCGUCUGGGGGGGAGGAAAUAAAUUAUGUUUAUAUAGUUGCGCGU